AUGAGAAACUUCUUUGGUGAAUUGCAAUCAUUAAUAAGUUAUAUGAGAGCAAGGAAACGUACUGCUAUAUUUAAAGAACAACAAAUAAAAAUUUAUCCUGAUCAAAGAGUCUGUCGCAUUAAAAAUUUUUCUACAACUCGAUGGACUUCCCAUGAUCGAGCAAUUUCUAUUAUUCACGAUAAAUAUGAAGCACUAUUGAUGACUUUAGAAGAAUUAACCAAUUCACCAGAUCGAGAUUGCUCUUCAACAGCUAAAAACUUACAUACCAUCAUAUCUUCAUUUACAUUUGUCCUAAAUCUUAAGUUAAUGAAAAAAAUAUUUUUUUACACCACUCCAUUAUCAGUCUACCUUCAAUCACCAGCAAUUGAUUUUAUCCAGGCUUUAACUAUGGUAGAUAAUGUGAGUAAACAAAUUAAAAAGUUAAGGACAAAUCAUGAGGCUGAAAAUUUAUUGAAUGAAGCCAAAACAUUUGCAAGUGACAAGGGUCUUACUGAAAGCUGUUUGCCAGAUGUACGUGUCCGACGUAGAAAAAUAAUGCCUGGUGAAGCACCAACAGAAUAUUUAAUUGUAAAUCCGUUAGACAAAUUCAGAACAGAAGUUUAUUUUGUUAUUUUAGAUCAAAUUACAAAUUCUAUCUUUAUGAGAUUUGACGGGGCUCGAAAUAUAUUAAAAGACUUUUCGAUUCUUUCCUAUGGCCGUCUUAUGGCUACAAGUAAUGGAGAACCUAUUCCCAAUGAUUUAUUUGAAACACUGGUGCAAUGGAUUCCAAAUUUACAACUUGAAGAAUUGAAAAAUGAAUAUUUAAUAUUUGCUUCAAGUUUUAAAAAUCUGCAAUCCAAUUUGAAUCUUACAUCAUUAUCCAAUCCUGAUAAUGAAAUAAGUAUUACUGAAGAAAAUACAGAUACAUGUGAUUCUGAUAGUAGUUCUAAUAGUAAUACAUUAACAAAAAUUGCUGAAAAAAAUCUUACAUCAAUACAAAUUUUAAAAUUAAUUAGCUCAUACGGGUUAUGUGCAGCAUUCCCUAAUUUGUUUGUUGCUUACAAGUAUUUAUGUACCAUUCCAGCCACUUCUGUCUCAAGUGAACGAUCAUUCUCAGAGCUUCAGCUCAUCAAAACUCGUUUACGCUCCACUAUGCAGCAAAAUCGUUUAGAAAGCUUACUUUUACUAUCAUGUGAGAGGGACAUUUAUAUAGAUCUGGAAGAGGCUAUAAAUAAAUAUGCAUUUACUUCAAAUGUUUUGAAUAAAUUAUUAUUAUUUAAAUAA